CUGGCUUAACAGUUUUACCGUUAGCAGCACUGCCAAAGAUCGCUUUGCAGCACUGUCGCAGCUGGGGGUACAAAAAAUAACGGGAGUAAGAUGAUUUUGCGUUCGUGGGAUCGGGUUAAACCUCAUUCCAUUUCGGAUUUCGCAUGUUUCCUCCUGGUGGCUGUCUUUGUGCCCGUGACGUACAUCUUCCAGGUGACCGUUGUCAUGCCGGAACUGUUUGCCAUCGGUGGCGUUUGGUACACGUUAUUCUGGUUGGCCAGCCUGUUCUUGAUCUUCAACAUCACCUCCAACAUGCUGGCCUGCAUGCUUGUGGACACUAGUAUCCGCAAGGAGCUCCUGAAGCCACCGAUGGAUGCCGAGCAGCUGGCCCGUUGGCACUCUUGCCACGAUUGCCAAACACUGGUGCCGCCUCGAUCCUGGCACUGCGAAGUGUGCAACGUGUGCGUGCUGAAGCGGGACCAUCACUGCCGUUUCACUUGCUGCUGCAUCGGACACCACAACUACAGGUACUUUUUCUACUACCUGGUGUACAUGAUUAUCGGAUCCUUGGCGGCCGCCAUUAUGGAGAGCAUCUAUCUGUGGCAUCUUCAUCUGGACAUCUACUGGCGCUGGUCCACGCUGUUCACCAUCUUUGCUCCUGUGGUCAGCGUGAUGCUGUCGCCAAGCUGGGAGGCCUUCUACUUGGUCAUAUAUGAUCUCACCCUUCUGGGCUUCGGCAUAUCAUCCCUGCUCCUUGUCUUCCACUGGUCGAUAUUCAAGAGCGGUUCGGUGACAAGGGAGCGCGGCACAAGAAAAUACGAUCGCGGCUUGCGGGGUAACCUGGAGAUGGUUCUGGGCAGGCGAAUGCAUCUCACCUGGCUGUCGCCGUUUCUACGCAGUGAUCUGCCCCACGACGGGGUGAACUGGGUUCCCAUAGCCGCCUUUUCUCCAAAGGAGGAAUAGCUCUGCAUUGUCUUACUCCAUUUUGACAUUCAUUAGAGGCAUUUCCUUAUAUUUACGCAUAACAUAUUAUAUUAUUCAGUAUUGUUUAUUUUAAGACUCAAUAUUUAACAUUUGAAUCUGAAUUGGUAUCCAAAUUCUUUGUGUAUAUCAUACAUUUGGUACUAGUCAAUAAUUGGUAAUAUUAUUCUCAGUUUGACCUAGAGAAAUUAAUUCUUAGUGUCUACAAAUCUCACUUUGAUCAGCUGACAUGUGAAAAUAGUACAAACCCCCUUUAUUAACAUACGAAUAAGCUUUAUAAAAUAUUUAGAAUACUGUGUAUUCAGUAACGUCUAUUGUAUGUGUAGAGAAUUAAAUUAUUUUGUUUAAUGAA